GACAAAAUUCGUGUGCUUUUCGAGUCUGCCAUGUUUUGUCCUAUUUGUCGCGCUUGAUCAACGCGUUCGCGUUUACUGUACAAAACUGUUAUUUUCUGAAUGUAUUACGGGCUGUGUUUUGUUUACAAAUAGUGUAGUUAUUGGUGUUGUAAUUAUACUGCUUAAACAUUUGACCAGACAAGCACUUGGAUACUUGUGUGUGCGACAGUGAAGUUCGUAUUUCAUAAAAUUUUAUAUUCGUUAGCUGGCCAUCAACUGUCUGCAUUCUUAGGCAUUUCAUCGUAAUUUUGAAACAUUCUGAUCAUUAAAUGCGAUUUCAUAAUAUUUUGUCGAUCUUGACUGUGACGCAACCCACGUGCACUUAAUAUAGCGAGCAUCUCUCAUGCACAUUUGUUAUUAUUUUGUUCGUGAGUUCGAUUCGGAACAGUGAGGAUCGGAUCGGCGAAGGGAAACCGCGUCGCGCGUCUUGCUCGCUCGCGUCGCGUUUAGUUGAAUUUUUUAAUUUGUUGGUGGGUAAUAUAGAACGGUGAUUUCUAAUCGAGUGUGAAUUAUUUUGUGCGGGAUAGUGUUGUUAGUCGGUGUGAUUAGGUGCAGCGCACAUAGCGCACGUGACACAGGACGAGUGUUUGGGUGUCAGUCGGCUGCGGCUCGCGGGCGCCGCUACAGUCCGCCUGCAGUGCGGAGCGCGCGACGGGCGUUAGAGGUGAAUCACCGCUCGGUGCCGUUUUGAUCGUGCUUGUUUACCCGCGUGUGCAUAAGUGCGUGGAGCGGAAGUGCAAGGCAUGUGCGCCGCGCGUCGGCGCCGAUGACAUCGCCGUCCGGGGCGACGGCGUUUUGAGCGCGAGUGUGUGAUAGCUAUGUUUCUUGGGUUAUGAGUGUGUGACAAAGUUGUAGUGCGCUGAGGACACUGGAGCCCCUAGACGGAGUUGGGCCCGCCGGGGCGGCCCUGGUGCUUCUCGGGGCUCCUCACGAAGGCAAGAUGGCUGCGUGGAACCGCCACCACCAUUUCAACAUGCUCAUGGAUGAGAAUGCCAAAAACAAGUUGGGCGUGGUUGGCGGCGGCAUGCCGGAGGCAGCUGGCGGCGAACGACGCCACGUGCCGUUGUACGGGAGACUGGUUGCUGAAGACCAGCUGGCGUCCAUGUCCGCGCCCUCAGACAUUCAGGUGAGCGCCCCAGUGCGCGACCCCCGAGCUUUCUGCUGCUACCAUACCCCCGCUCAGGCUAUGCAGGCCCGAAUACCACAUCACUUUCGAGACCCCUCGACAGCUCCGCUAAGAAAACUCAGCGUUGACCUCAUCAAAACCUACAAACACAUAAACGAGGUAUAUUACGCGAAGAAAAAGCGGAGAGCGCAACAGUACCUGGGCGAGGAUGGCUCGCACAAAAAAGAGCGGAAGUUAUAUAACGACGGCUACGAUGAUGAUAACCACGAUUACAUCAUCAAACAGGGCGAGAAGUUCCUCGACCGGUAUGAGAUCUCCUCGCCGAUUGGGAAGGGAUCUUUUGGACAGGUUGUGAAAGCGUAUGACCACGAGGAGCAGUGUCAAGUAGCGAUUAAAAUAAUUAAGAAUAAGAAACCCUUCCUAAACCAGGCACAAAUAGAAGUCAAGUUACUAAAAAUGAUGAACAGAGCGGAUCCUGAAAAUAAGUAUUAUAUAGUGAAACUGAAAUGUCACUUUAUGUGGCGGAACCACCUGUGCCUAGUAUUCGAGCUGUUGUCGUACAACUUGUACGACUUGCUACGCAACACCAACUUCAGGGGCGUCUCGCUGAACCUAACGCGCAAGUUUGCGCAGCAGUUGUGUACCGCGUUACUGUUCCUUAGUCAACCAGAACUAAAUAUAAUUCACUGUGAUCUUAAACCCGAGAAUAUACUACUAUGCAACCCGAAAAGGUCAGCCAUUAAAAUUGUGGAUUUCGGGAGCUCGUGUCAACUAGGUCAAAGGAUAUACCAAUACAUUCAGUCGAGGUUUUACCGGUCGCCAGAGGUUUUGCUCGGCGUGCCUUACGACCUCGCGAUAGACAUGUGGUCGUUGGGCUGCAUACUCGUCGAGAUGCACACGGGCGAGCCACUGUUCAGUGGAGCCAACGAGGUCGACCAGAUGAACAAAAUUGUCGAAGUGCUCGGCAUGCCGCCUGAUCAUCUGUUAGACCAGGCACACAAAACAAGAAAAUUCUUUGACAAAUUACCAGCGUCAGAAGGCGGUGGUUACGUAUUAAAGAAAGUUAAUGGAAAGGAUGGAAGCGGUUACAGGAAGUACCGGCUGCCGGGCACGCGGCGGCUGCACGACAUCCUCGGCGUCGAGGGCGGCGGGCCCGCCGCGCGGCGCCGCGGGGAGCCAGGACACUCCGUCUCCGAUUAUCUCAAGUUCAAGGACCUAAUCCUCCGUAUGUUGGAGUACGACCCCAAACAGCGUGUGACGCCGUACUACGCGCUACAACAUAAUUUCUUUAAGCGGACCGCAGACGAGUCCACAAACACACAACAAGCACAGUCGCAUCACCAACACGGCGCGCGCGCGUGGGGCGGCGGCGCGGAGCGCAUGGAGGUGGAGGGCGCGCGCCGCUCGCCCGACCUGCUGGCGCCCGUCUGUCCGCUGCCGCACAGCCCCGUGGCCAUCCACUAGCGCCCCGCCACUCUCCUGGACUGAAUCCGAUAUUUAUGAUUCUAUAUUUUUAUUUAAUACGAUAAGUCUGACUGUAAAGAAAUAUUAUGGUGACGAUUUGUUACGUUGUACCGUGUAUUUGUAUUAUUUGUUUCUUGAUCGCUUCACCGACCGUACUUAGAGAACGUUCCGAGAGAUCGCCGACCGCGACGGCGACGAUCCCGUUCACCGCAUCCGGACGCAUCGAGGGCAUGUGAGCUAGGUUUUUUUAUUGUUACGCGAUGCAUAUCAAGGACGCAAUAUGGUAGAAAAUAAAUAUUGUAUAUAAAAUUUAGGAAACCGACUAAUCGAUACAGACUGCGACAUAAACUGGAUAAUGUAUAGUUUAGUUACGAUCUAUGCUAGUUAGGCUUUCGUUCGGUUUUAAUUAUCGCAAGCUUUAUAUUCUUAAAGUGUCGGCAACUGAUGACUGAAAUUCAAAGGGCCAAUGAGAAUUUGUUUAUACAAACGAAGAAAUAGAUUAAGUAUUUUUGUUAUUGCACAAUUUGAUUCGACUUGACACACUCGUACACACUUAAAUUAUUGAAAUAAAACUAUGCCCUCGCAUUUCAGAGUUGUUGUAUAUUAUAAAAAUGUUUAAUUUCGAAUGUAUGGCGCCUGUGAUUGAGGUCUCAGGCGUUUCAUUUAAUGCGUAUAGGUUACUUUGACCCAUUGGAAUAUUCAGACGAUGUGUAAAACAGAGAAUAGUGUAUAGGUAAUUCUAUAAAACACAAAAUGUACUUGUAGGUUAUGACAAAUGUUGAAACAUAUAUAAAAAUUUGGGUAUUUCAGAUAAGAGUUAAUAAAUUGAAUUAAACUGACUUGUUCAACCUUUUUGGAUUUGAAUCUACAAUAGACUAACCUCAUUGCAACAGACUGGUUGAAACUUUGUAAACGGAGAUAUUUUGUAUAGCAUACACUGAAUCACUGCCUUAUUGUGCCGGAACUUUUUAUGUGUAAGGCCCGCUACUAAUUAACGACUUUUUGGUCGCUCGAUGUAAAAUAAUCAAAUUAUUGUCAACAUUUGGUUAUUGAGUUUUGUUGACUUUUAUUUGUGGGUGAUCUUAAAUUGCAUUUAAGAUGGCGAGAAUGUGAAUGCACACAUUCUAGAUAAAGGUUAGCAAAUGUGAAGCUGUGCGAUUGAGGGGUGAUUUAACUCGAGUUGUAGAUAUCUGCAGAGAACGUGUACAGUUGUCCAUUGACUUGAAAGAUCUUGUUAGUAGCGGUCCUGGAGCGUAGCUUCUUUAUUCUGACCAUGUCGUGAUAUAGUAAAAUUUUUAUGUUCAAUUAUUUUUAGUUAAGAAAUUGACUGAAAUGACAAUUGUUCAGAAUAAAGCAGCUACUUAUGACGAAUUGCAACUGAUAGCAAAUUAUUUCUUAUCGCAAAGUAUUGUUGCGAGUUUUUAUAAAAGUAAACCUUCCUAAAAUGGAUUUAUUUUUAAACGAAACACAUGUAUGGUACAGCUAUUCGUUUACAUGAAGCAUUAAAGUAUUUUUCUACUUUGAUUUAUCUAAUAAUACGUGCUAUCAAUUUCAUUUCAUUGUAGAUUUGAAUCUAUUUCUAAUCUCGCUGUUCUGUAUUAUAAAUUUUUCAAAUAUCUGUAUAAUAUUUACUGUAAUACUUUUCUGCUUCAUGAGAUAUAGGGAUGUUAGAAAGAGUUAAGGAAUAAGUAUGGGAAACACGUUUAAUUUGAUAAUGUUAGAGCAAUAACGAUGUUAUCGACAGGCAGGUUUCCAAAUGUAUGUAAAAUAUUCAAUUGUGUUCGUGGCACUCCUAACUGUACAAAUGUCUGACCGUUCGUACAGAACCUCUGCUCUAAUGUGAACGCUGAGAAUGUGACUCGGGUCACUCCAGUACUGAGGGCAUUGUUGUGAGGGUAAAGCAAUCCUCUUACUAUUUUUUGCAGCAACAUUCACGCCUUGGCUUAACAAGUCCAGUAAGUGAUGGAAAUUCCACUGCGGGAAGGCGUUAAUAGUUGUGAUAAAGACGUUGUUGGGAUAAUAGUUUGAGGGUUUGGAAUUGUAGAUAGACUGAGGAUUUUAAAGGGGGUAUAGGUUUGGAAAAAUAGCAGCGUUACGUGUUCUUCACACUGAAAUAGUGAACUGCGAAGGUUUCUGGUUUCCUAAUAUCCUCGUACACGAGGAGCUACUCCAAUACUUCGUGUGAUGCGGCGGGUCUCUAGAUAAGUUGUUGCUCAAGCUGCUCAUACUCACUAUUUGAUGGGGGACGAAAUUACUUGCUUUAAAGUAUCGGUGCUCUCAGUUUACAAAGAAGUAAUUAUUUGGUCGCAUCAUUGAUGAUGUCAGCAUUGCGAGAUUAUGCGAGAGCCAAAUUUUGGAGUCAUGAAACCAAAUAGGUUAUACCGCACUGCGGUUUGUGAAACGGGAGCCGCAGGACUACUUCGCCGGUACGCUGCUAUUGCUCACUGUGCUGGAUAUUGUUGCAUACUAGCGUUUUCUUUGGCGAUGUCGCCAGUAAGUGCCUGCAACAAGGUACGCAAAUGUAAAUAGGCAAAUAGCACAUAAGAAGACAGCCGCCAGCUGUCAGUAUUUAUAUAGAAAAAAAGACAAGUUACGCCAAAAUCAACAGAGGUUACAGAAUGUACAUCAUUUGUACAGUCAGGAUUGCCACAUUUUAUCAAGUGUACCUAAUUGUAAUAUACAUUAUUAUAAUUGUUUUAAUAUUUUAGUUCCUUUUAACUGGAUAACUAUGCUAAAAUAGAUGCUGUAUCCACCGUAUAAUAUACAGUUAUAUGAUUUACUCAGUGUAACACUUGUGUAUAACUUAAGACAAUGAUUAAUUUAAUUUUGUGACAUAGCUACCUUGUUAUGGUACCAAGUCGAUGGGGAAAUCUGCCGUGACAAUGUUUAUAAUUGACAAACUAGUCGGGAUGUUAAGUGAUAACGACCAUGUAAAACACCAACGUUUGAUAUAGUUCUAACUAAAUCCAUUACUCAAGGAUGGCCCUAGAUGUUUGCGCUUGAGUAUGUAAUAUACUAUAUUAUUUAUUUGUACUGUGACAGCAUGGGAUUAUAUGGAAUGUGUGAGUUGGCAUGUGGUGGUGCGCGAAGCGAUGAGCUAAAUAAAGUGUUUAUUUCCUAUCGGAUUGUCAGUUCGCAGGCACUGUAACAAUAAAAGGAUAGAGCUUUAUGUCACUAAGUUUUGUAUUUUAAAUCAAUAAACGAUAGCAAUUGAUACAUCUACUUUUAUUUA